GCUUUCCGUGUUACUCUGAAUGUUAAGAAGAACAUCCGUGAAUCAUUCACUCUGUUAACGCUGCGCCAUUAGAAACCUAAGAACCAGUUCUUCAGCAAUUUGCUCUAACAGAAGAGUAAAUUAAACUGCGCCACAGGAAAAAAAAUUGUAUAUUUUUUUUCCUAAAGGAAUCUUACAAUCUCUGUUUGCUGCAGUAUUUUGAAAAAAAAAGCUUCUGUCAAGAAACCUAAUGAAAAGAACUCGUCUGUAUAAUCUUUCUUGAAAUCAUUAGUUGUUCAAAACAAAUACCACAGUGCUUCUCUGGAUACAAAAAGAAGCAGGUGAUGUUGUUAGGGGUUCUAAGCCCCUUUGGGAGCACCUCUUGUGCAUUGGGACCAUAAUCAACAUCUGUUAUAAGAAGUGUCACCUGUAAUGCACAGUAAGUUCUGGGCAGUGUGAAGAGCUAGCUGAAGAAGAUUUGAAGAGUGGAUCAUUACUGAUGUAUCAGGUCUGAUAGCAACAUAACCAGUAAAUAAGCCUGAAAAGGGGAAAUACUACAUAGUAUUGACUAAUGAGGAAGAAAAAUGAAAGGCUCCCCUCUGAGGAAGGCAAAGUUUGUUGAGAGCCCACGAAUUCCAGAAUCCGAGCUUGGCUCCCCAACCCUCACUUCAGCUCAGAAACUGGACGUGGACACAUACUGCCCUGGUGAUGCUGAACAGGAACUUGGUCCCCCUCCAUCUGUAGAUGAGGCAGCAAACACACUCAUGACUCGUCUAGGUUUCCUUCUUGGAGAGAAAGUCACAGAAGUUCAGUCAGGUGACCAAUACAGCAUGGAGGUACAAGAUGAAAGUCAGACCUCAGCAAUCACCCAGCGGAUAAGUCCCUGUUCGACACUAACAAGCAGCACUGCCUCUCCACCAGCCAGUAGCCCCUGCUCUACCCUCCCACCAGUCAGUACAAAUGCUACUGCUAAGGAUUGUAGCUAUGGGGCUGUUACUAGUCCAACCUCCACCCUUGAAAGCAGAGAUAGCGGCAUCAUUGCUACUUUGACAAGCUAUUCUGAAAACAUGGAACGCACAAAAUAUGUGGGAGAAAGCAGUAAAGAAUUAGGAUCUGGAGGAAACCUAAAACCUUGGCAGACUCAAAAAUCCAGCAUGGACUCCUGUCUAUAUCGAGUAGAUGAAAACAUGACUGCUUCUACCUAUAGUCUGAAUAAGAUCCCAGAGAGAAAUUUGGAAACAGUUUUAUCUCAGUCAGUGCAGUCUAUUCCUUUGUAUCUUAUGCCACGGCCAAAUUCAGUAGCAGCCACCAGCUCUGCCCACUUGGAGGAUCUUGCAUACUUGGAUGAGCAGAGACAUACACCUUUGAGAACUUCUCUUCGAAUGCCAAGACAGAGUAUGGGUGGUGCACGAACACAGCAGGAUUUAAGAGUUCGCUUUGCACCAUACAGGCCUCCAGAUAUCUCCCUGAAGCCACUGCUCUUUGAAGUACCCAGUAUCACUACAGAGUCGGUGUUCGUUGGCCGGGAUUGGGUUUUCCAUGAAAUAGAUGCUCAACUUCAAAGUUCAAAUGCCAGCGUGAACCAAGGAGUGGUGAUUGUGGGAAACAUUGGAUUUGGCAAAACUGCCAUCAUCUCUAGGCUGGUGGCCCUCAGCUGCCAUGGUACACGGAUGAGACAGAUCGCCUCAGAUAGCCCACAUGCCUCCCCCAAACAUGUGGAUGCCAACAGAGAGUUGCCACUCACACAGCCACCUUCAGCUCACUCAUCUAUCACAAGUGGGAGCUGCCCAGGAACUCCAGAAAUGCGUAGGCGACAGGAAGAAGCUAUGCGAAGAUUAGCCUCACAGGUGGUUGCCUAUCACUAUUGCCAAGCAGAUAAUGCCUAUACCUGCCUGGUACCAGAAUUUGUCCACAAUGUUGCUGCCCUGCUCUGCCGCUCACCUCAGCUGACAGCUUAUCGGGAGCAGCUUCUUCGGGAGCCUCACCUGCAGAGCAUGCUAAGCCUUCGAUCCUGUGUUCAAGACCCCAUGGCCUCCUUUCGGAGAGGAGUCCUGGAGCCCCUGGAGAAUCUCCACAAAGAGAGAAAAAUCCCAGAUGAAGAUUUCAUCAUUUUAAUUGAUGGACUAAAUGAAGCAGAAUUUCACAAACCGGAUUAUGGGGAUACAAUUGUAUCAUUUCUGAGUAAAAUGAUUGGAAAAUUUCCUUCUUGGCUCAAACUAAUUGUAACAGUUAGGACCAGUUUACAGGAGAUUACCAAGUUGCUGCCUUUCCAUAGGAUUUUUUUGGAUCGACUAGAAGAGAAUGAAGCCAUAGACCAGGACCUGCAGGCUUACAUCCUGCACCGGAUACACAGCAGCUCAGAGAUCCAGAAUAACAUUUCACUUAAUGGCAAAAUGGACAAUACUACAUUUGGCAAGCUCAGUUCUCAUCUCAAGACCCUCAGUCAAGGGUCCUAUCUAUACCUGAAACUUACAUUUGACCUCAUAGAGAAAGGAUAUUUAGUGUUAAAGAGCUCUAGCUACAAAGUAGUUCCUGUUUCACUCUCAGAGGUUUAUUUACUCCAGUGCAAUAUGAAGUUCCCAACCCAGUCUUCUUUUGACCGGGUGAUGCCUCUCCUGAAUGUGGCAGUGGCCUCUCUCCACCCACUGACUGAUGAGCAUAUCUUCCAGGCCAUCAAUGCGGGUAGCAUUGAAGGCACACUAGAAUGGGAAGAUUUUCAGCAGAGAAUGGAGAACCUCUCCAUGUUCCUAAUCAAGCGCAGAGACAUGACUCGUAUGUUUGUACAUCCUUCUUUUCGAGAAUGGCUUAUCUGGAGAGAAGAAGGAGAGAAAACCAAAUUUCUCUGUGAUCCCAGGAGUGGUCACACAUUACUUGCCUUCUGGUUUUCUCGCCAAGAGGGAAAACUAAACCGACAGCAGACUAUUGAAUUGGGACAUCACAUCCUCAAAGCACACAUCUUUAAGGGUUUGAGUAAAAAAGUUGGAGUAUCAUCUUCCAUCCUCCAAGGUCUCUGGAUCUCUUAUAGCACAGAAGGUCUUUCCAUGGCAUUGGCAUCUCUACGAAAUCUCUACACUCCAAAUAUAAAAGUCAGCCGACUGCUGAUUUUGGGAGGUGCCAAUAUUAAUUACCGGACAGAGGUUUUAAAUAAUGCUCCAAUUCUAUGUGUUCAGUCUCAUCUUGGUUACACAGAAAUGGUGGCCUUGCUUUUGGAAUUUGGGGCCAAUGUAGAUGCCUCUUCUGAAAGUGGCCUGACUCCUUUGGGAUAUGCCGCAGCAGCAGGGUUCCUGAGCAUCGUGGUGCUACUCUGCAAGAAACGGGCCAAGGUGGAUCACUUGGAUAAGAAUGGACAGUGUGCUUUGGUUCAUGCUGCACUCAGAGGUCAUCUGGAGGUCGUUAAGUUUUUGAUUCAGUGUGACUGGACAAUGGCCGGCCAGCAGCAAGGAGUGUUUAAAAAGAGCCAUGCCAUCCAGCAGGCCCUCAUUGCUGCAGCCAGCAUGGGUUACACUGAGAUUGUCUCCUACCUACUUGAUCUUCCAGAAAAAGAUGAAGAAGAAGUAGAGCGAGCACAGAUCAACAGCUUUGACAGUCUCUGGGGAGAGACAGCCCUGACAGCUGCAGCCGGAAGAGGCAAACUGGAGGUAUGCCGUCUGCUCUUGGAGCAAGGCGCAGCAGUGGCCCAGCCAAACCGCCGAGGGGCAGUGCCCCUGUUCAGCACUGUUCGCCAGGGCCACUGGCAGAUUGUUGAUCUUCUACUUACCCAUGGAGCUGAUGUCAACAUGGCAGACAAGCAAGGUCGUACUCCCCUGAUGAUGGCUGCUUCUGAAGGCCAUCUGGGAACUGUGGACUUUCUUCUUGCACAAGGUGCCUCUAUUGCUUUAAUGGACAAAGAAGGAUUGACAGCCCUCAGCUGGGCUUGUUUGAAGGGUCAUCUCUCAGUAGUACGUUCUCUGGUGGAUAAUGGAGCUGCCACAGACCAUGCCGACAAGAAUGGCCGCACCCCACUGGACUUGGCAGCUUUCUAUGGUGAUGCUGAGGUGGUCCAGUUCCUGGUGGAUCAUGGAGCCAUGAUUGAGCAUGUUGACUACAGUGGGAUGCGCCCUCUGGAUAGGGCAGUGGGGUGCCGGAACACUUCUGUUGUUGUCACUCUCCUGAAGAAAGGAGCUAAAAUAGGUUGUCAGACGUUACCGAGUCGCCCACGAGGUCCAGCCACAUGGGCGAUGGCUACCUCCAAACCAGACAUCAUGAUCAUCCUGUUGAGCAAGCUGAUGGAAGAGGGGGACAUGUUUUAUAAGAAAGGUAAAGUAAAGGAGGCUGCCCAGCGCUACCAGUAUGCUCUGAAGAAAUUCCCUAGAGAAGGGUUUGGUGAGGACCUGAAAACCUUCCGGGAACUAAAGGUGUCUCUCCUCCUCAACCUCUCUCGAUGUCGCAGGAAAAUGAAUGAUUUUGGAAUGGCGGAGGAAUUUGCUACUAAGGCCCUGGAGCUGAAACCGAAAUCUUAUGAAGCUUACUAUGCAAGAGCAAGGGCAAAACGCAGCAGCAGACAGUUUGCAGCAGCCUUAGAGGACCUGAACGAAGCCAUCAAGCUGUGUCCAAACAACCGAGAGAUCCAGAGACUUCUGAUGAGAGUGGAAGAGGAGUGUAGACAGAUGCAGCAGCAGCAGCAGCCGCCUCCACAGCAACCUCAGCAACAGCUACCAGAAGAAACAGAACCUGAACCACAGAAUGAAGAUGUAUACUCUGUACAAGAUAUAUUCGAGGAGGAGUACCUGGAACAGGAUGUAGAAAAUGUUUCCAUCGGCCUCCAGACAGAGGCUCGGCCCAGCCAGGGGCUCCCGAUAAUCCAGAGCCCACCCUCCUCUCCAGCCCAUCGGGAUUCAGCCUACAUCUCUAGCUCACCUCUUGGCUCUCACCAGGUUUUUGACUUCCGGUCCAAUAGUUCUGUAGGUUCUCCCACUAGACAGGGAUAUCAGUCCACCUCACCUGCUCUUUCUCCAACUCACCAGAAUUCUCAUUACAGGCCUAGUCCACCACAUACUUCCCCAGCUCAUCAGGGUGGAUCUUAUCGGUUUAGCCCCCCUCCUGUGGGAGGGCAGGGCAAAGAAUACCCAAGCCCUCCCCCUUCCCCACUCCGCCGAGGCCCUCAGUAUAGGGCCAGCCCUCCAGCUGAAAGCAUGAGUGUCUAUAGAUCCCAAUCUGGUUCACCCGUGCGCUAUCAGCAGGAAACAAAUGUUACUCAGCUUCCUGGCAGACCAAAAUCUCCAUUAUCCAAGAUGGCCCAGCGUCCUUACCAGAUGCCUCAGCUUCCUGUGGCAGUUCCCCAGCAAGGGCUCAGGCUCCAGCCUGCCAAGGCCCAGAUUGUGAGAAGUAACCAGCCCAGCUCAGCAGUUCAUUCAAGCACUGUCAUCCCCACAGGAGCCUAUGGCCAAGUCACCCAUUCAAUGGCCAGUAAAUACCAGUCUUCACAAGGAGACAUAGGAGUCAGUCAGAGCCGACUGGUUUAUCAAGGGUCAAUUGGGGGGAUUGUAGGAGAUGGGAGGCCUGUGCAGCAUGUCCAAGCCAGCCUGAGUGCAGGUGCCAUCUGUCAGCAUGGAGGGUUGACCAAAGAAGAUCUUCCACAGCGACCUUCCUCAGCAUAUCGUGGUGGUAUGAGAUACAGCCAGACACCCCAGAUUGGGCGUAGCCAGUCAGCAUCCUAUUACCCAGUCUGUCACUCAAAACUAGAUCUGGAGCGUUCUUCCAGCCAAUUAGGUUCCCCUGAUGUGUCACAUUUAAUCAGAAGACCUAUCAGUGUCAACCCUAAUGAAAUCAAACCCCAUCCACCAACUCCCAGGCCGCUGCUGCACUCCCAGAGCGUGGGCCUUCGCUUCUCUCCAUCUAGCAAUAGCAUCUCAUCCACCUCCAACCUAACUCCUACCUUCCGGCCUUCUUCCUCAAUUCAGCAAAUGGAAAUCCCACUGAAACCGGCAUAUGAUAGGUCAUGUGAUGAGCUGUCACCAGUGUCUCCCACUCAGGGAGGUUAUCCCAGUGAGCCCACUCGAUCCAGGACCACACCAUUCAUGGGGAUCAUAGAUAAAACAGCCCGGACUCAACAGUACCCCCACCUUCACCAGCAGAAUCGGACCUGGGCAGUGUCGUCAGUGGAUACUGUUCUUAGUCCCACGUCUCCAGGCAGCCUGCCUCAGCCUGAGUCUUUCAGUCCACCUUCAUCCAUCAGCAACAUUGCCUUUUAUAACAAAACCAACAAUGCACAGAAUGGCCAUUUGCUGGAGGACGAUUAUUAUAGCCCCCAUGGGAUGCUGGCUAAUGGGUCUCGUGGAGACCUGUUGGAGAGAGUCAGCCAGGCCUCCUCUUAUCCUGAUGUGAAGGUGGCUCGGACCCUACCUGUGGCUCAGGCAUACCAGGACAACCUGUACAGGCAGUUGUCCCGGGACUCUCGACAAGGGCAGACAUCCCCUAUCAAACCAAAGAGACCAUUUGUGGAGUCUAAUGUUUAAAAGACAUUUGUUGGAGUGAGACCCAUAUGUUUUCACUGCACAUUUUCAGGCUUGGUUUCCACAUUUGAGGUAGUUCUCUGGCUUAAUUUCUCAUGUAGUUUCUGUGUGGUGUUCAGAGGUGGCAGCCCACAUGCUGAAAUUCUUUGCAUGCAGCCGACUGGGAAGCUGGCCUCUGGUGAGCCAGAACUUUAGUUUCUCUGGUCUGUGCCCCAGCCACAUGCUCUCUCCCUCUCUUCAGAUGCCAACGAGGAGAUUUUUGUGCCGUGUGCUUUAACCCAGGGAGAUCAGACAUACUGGUCAGCUUUUUCCAGGAGACAAUCGCUUUCACUGAUGUUCUUGUUGUAUAAAUGUCUUGUUUUCUUUUUUAAAAAGUAAGAUGUUCUUGUUCGUUUUCUUCUAGGAAUUUUAGAAAGAGUGUGAUGCCCCUUUGCCUUUGCAUUCUUAUCCAGUGUUAUCCAAAUAGCCAGCCCCAGUGCAUUUGUGUGCCAUGGUCUCUUCCCCCAGACUGUCAGCCAGCUCCAUGCAGUCAUCAGAUCUAGAAUGUUCAUUCGCAUUAUUACUGGUCUUCCUGUGGGGUAAAAGAAUCAAGGAGGGAGAGAGAGAGAGAAGAAAUAAGUCUGUUAAACUGGAAGAAAGGGACUGGGGAUAUACCUCAGAGGUGGAGACUUGCCUAGCAUGCACAAGGCCCUGGGUGCAAUCCCCAGCACUGCCAAAAAAAAGUCGGGGUGGAGGGGUGCGCAAAAUAAUUAUUUAAAAUGUCACUACGUUGGUUUUCUAAGAGGCAUUUUAAUCUACUGAUCUGAUUUUCCAGGGGUGGGGAAGGGAAUAAACACACAGAGAGAGGGCGAGAAAAGAAAGAUUAUUCUGAAUUCUCGGUGAAAUGCUAUAGAAAGUCUAUCUUUUAAAAAGUCUACAUUUUAGAUCCUGAAACACUGAGCAUUUGAUUCUGCAAAAACGAGCUUCCUGAAGGUUGGCUGGUACGAUAAGCCUUUUAGCUGUAUCUUCACCUAGAGCCAGAUUUUGUUCUGUUGGCCCUCUUUGUUCAAACCCAGAUGGUGUUAUGAGGAACUUGGUUCUUUGAGAAGCUAAUCGGAUUCUCUUGGGACUGUUACAUUGAUUGCCAGGAUUUCUACCCAGGGCCAUUGCAUUCCAUGCCUGUUGUUAUCUAAUUCCAUUUUGAGAUCUGUAGCUUCAUUUUAUACUAUUAGAGGAAUUUUUUUUCUUUUUCUAGGAGUGUUUAUGGGGGUGAUAUUUAAAAAUCAUACACAGCAAAAAAUGUUUCAGGGUGAAGACCGACCCCUUUUUGCCCUGUCUUCUAGCCCUGAGUUGGGGCACAACACAGAUGGCAGGUUUCUGCUCUAGUCACUCUCUACACAUCUUCUAGGUCUUGUGGUUGUUCGCUCACCUGACCUUUGAGUGAUGGAGGCCACCAUGAAAUGGACAGCAAUACCACUGUGACCAAAGCCUUAGCACAGUCCUGGCACUGGCUGCACUCAAUUAAGAAACUCCACCUGACAAACUAACCUGCUGAAAUUCAACAAAAGAGCAUUAGUUCUCUGCUAUUAGGAAUCAUUCUGCUCUUGUUAGUAAAGGGCUACAGAAAGAGCAGUUUCCUGAAUAAAAUCCAACUGUGACCAGACCUGUUUGUAGUUAAGUAUUCAGAAAGGAUCAUUAAGACAUGGGGAGCAUAAAGCUGAGAUCAGAAACAUCUCUACUGACUAAGAUCCUACCAAAUAGAUGGACCCCUGAGCCCCAAGUCCCAAGCCUGAACAGGCCAGGAUUCACCUCUGUGUGCCGGAAGCAAACAAUGGGGCCAACUGAAGACCCAGACACUUUUUCACCUGGUGUGUAAGGACUGCCUGCUACUCAACUAGACCUGGGUGGGCAGCAGUGGCCUCUACCCAUCGAUCUCUCUCCAUCCCACAUCAGGAAGAUGAAGUGUGGGCUAAGGGUGUAGCUCAGUGGUAGAGUAUUUGCCUAGCAUGCGUGAGUCCCUGGGUUUGAUUUCCAGCAUCCCAAAAAAAGGAAAGAAGAAGAUGAAGUGGUAUCAGCCUGUAGCUAGGAACCUAGCAGCCUCAGGUGUCUUUUUGGCCAGGCCUCAGGCCUGUUGGUCUAUUUGCAUCUCAUCCCAUUUUAACCACCUCUUAGUGGGGAGCUGCUACGUUUUGAAGAAUUUCUUAGUCUAUUAGAAAAGUGUCCCUGCUUAUUAAACAACACAUACCACCUGCACUUGUCUGUCCAGGUGGGGAAGCAAGUCAUGAUUUUACAGAUAUGCCAUUGAUGCCACCUCUCCCCAGGGUCUCCUCUAGGUUUUCCAGUACAAACAAAGAGAUUCGGGGUCUACACCCUAUCAGGCAAGAAAUCUAAAAUGUCAAUAGUCAACAUGCAAUUUCUAUUUUAGCCAUGCAAAAGGGUGUAGAUAUCACUUCUGGACUCCAGUUGUUUUUGAUCAGAAAAUGCCAACAGGAGUUAAUUGGGGCAAGAGACAAGGUAUUUCCUUGGAAGCAGACUGCCUGUGCCCUGUUUUGCUACUUCACUGCCAUGGGAUGAUCUUAGUACUGUAUUUUAGAGAUACCCCUUCCACAGCAACAAACAUUUGCCGAAUUAAUGUCUGGCUUCAGGUGGGAGGAAAUGUUUCAAAGGAACCUGGUAAGUUCCAUUCACCCAAUUCACAUCACUCCCUGAAAUGGAGACAGAGGUGACAACUUCAGCUUAUAGGUUUCUCACCAAAUCAUAUGUUCCAUUUGCCUAGAAUCCUUGCACUAAUGGGUUUCCAUCACAUCCUGUCUAUAAAUGGGUGCACUUUACUGUUUGAAUUUGUAACUCUGAUAAAUACUGGAUAUUUAAUUGUGAGUAGUGUCUUCAUUAGAAAUAAGCAGAAUCGCUCUUGUCUUUUAGUGUAUUUUUCAAGAAAAAAAAACAAGGAAAAGAAAGAAAUCAAGCAGUGGAUCACAACAUUUAUAGCACAAGAAAUAACUGUUGUAUAUAAGCAUCAAAAAGAUUUAAGAAUUUUUAAAUACAAAAAAUAUUUGCAGUGAUUUUAAAGUGCUUUUCCAGCAAUUUUCUUAGGGACUCCUGAGACAUGGUUACUUUAUUUACUGGAUCAGUAAGGCACACAGUUAACAAUUAAAAAUUAAUGUUUAUUUACAAAGUAAAGGGAAAACCUGUGUAACAUGAGAAUUUGGCAUGGACAAAAUGGAGACCAUUUUGUAUCUGCUGUUGUAUCUGUCUGGGUUGCAGAUGUGCACUAUUAAAGUCCCAAGUUAAUAGAGCACAAACCCUUCUUGUUCCUCUCCUCUGCACCCUCUUUUUAGAUGUGUUUAGCUUAAACUUGAUGGCUCAGGAAAACUCCACUAAUUAGAAUCGUGUAUAGUCAAUGUCCAGAUAUACAAGUUUGCCAAUUUUGGUUAAGCCUGGAUUAUUAAACACUUUUACUAAAUUAUUAUAAACAGAACAGCUUAGAGAAAGGUGUUCUCAGUCCUUAUAUUGUAUAGUAGUUUAUGAACCCCUCUAAAUAUUGGUAUUUUUAUAUUCCAGAGAUGUACCCAAUAGAAAAAUUAAAAAUUAAUUAGUGUCUAAUUUAAUAUCCAUAAGUAUUUUUCCUUGAGAUUUAGUCACAUACAGUGGAUAUGUGGAUGUCACUUGUGCUUCACCAUGCUUUACCACUAGGUGUCGCUGUGGCUCUGCACCACAUUUGUCUGGUAAAAAAAAAAAAAAAAAAAAAAAAAUGGCAGCAUCCCCUCCUGAGGAGCCGCUUCCAGGGCAGCAGGCAGGCCCAUAGAUUCAGAGGUUCAGGAAGAAGGGAACACAGACCUGGAAGGGGUCUUCAUGCAUUCAUGCCAGUUAUAGCAAGACAGACAGCACUAUCUGCUUUGGACCUUCAGCCAGGCAGAGGCUGGGAGAAGGCCGGAGCUCCCUUGCUCUGGUGGAUGGAUGGGUAUGCAGAGGACCUUUUUCUUCCCCCUGAACAUCCCUCCUCUCAGUUCCUCUCAGCCACCAACUUUUGUAACUCCAGAAGUGUUAUAGUUGGGUGGUUUAAUUCAAAGAUAGUUAUUUUUCUACUGCAGAAAUGCCUUGGACAAAACCAGUUGCUCAUUGAAUCUUUGCCACAAAACAACAUGCUCCCCCCAGGGGCAGGAUGUGCCCACCCCUGUGCCCCAUCUCCCACUGAGGCUCCCAGUGCUCAGCAGCCUCGCCCACCCCACCUGUGUGUCCUCAGGCUGCCCACUUCUCAAGAAGCAGACCUGCAAAGGCAGCCUGCUGCAGCCUCCACGAAGAGGGCUGCCACCCUGCUGCAUGCUUGCUGAGAGGUGAGGCUGCUUUUCUCUAGGAAUUCCAGACCAACCAUAUACCAUAACUAACAACAAUGAACAAAAGGGCUUAGGGGUAAGAGCUACCUACAAAGACGUGUCAUGGAAACCUUCACCAUGCAAUGCCUUGAACUCAGCUCUGGCUGCUCCCAAGAAAAGGUGGCUGGCUGGGAGCCUGGACACAAGCACAAUGGGGCUGGUGGAGCCACUGUGCGGAGCUACUUGAAUUAUCACUGGGUCUUCAUCAACUCCUUUUAUAAUACAGACCACUCAAGGGCUGAAGUGUUGGUAACCUUCAUUUCGGUGUCCAAUGCCUCACAGCAGCUGAGCCACCCUGAGAUGCUUGUGGCCACAUGAUUGCCACAGUCAGAGCUUUGAAAGUCAGUACCAAAUGAAUGCAUAAUUGGACACCAAAAAUCAAGUGUUACUUUCAUGUUUCCUCACCCCGUCAUCUCAUUUCCUCCUGCUGACUCUGUGAUGCCUACACUAAGCUGACCAGUCAGGCUGUGGCUGGGUGCAUAUGGAUGCAGGCCAGCAUCGCUCUCAUUUUUUAAGAUAGACCUACUCUGUGGACAGGAAGUGGCCUAGCUGCUUAGUUGUUGUAGCACCUACUGGCUGAAUUUUUCUUUGCUAACCAUUAACCAGGAAAUUUGGCAAGGAGGACUCAACUCACUUCGUCAGUCCUCAGGACCAGAGUAAAUUCUGCAAAAUUCAGUACUUGAAUGUACCUGCCUUACUGUGUACCAAUUUACUGGGGUAAGAAAAGAGAGAGAGAGAUGCCGGCUCCAGAUCUCCACUCCAUUCACAGAUUAUUUUGGAAAUCCUGUAAGUCACACUUCCUGUUCUGGGUUUUUGUUGUUAUUUACCUUUGGCUGAUUCCUGCUGAGUGGGGCCAGUUCCUUGUCAGGCUCAGGGCAGGUGCCAUUCUCAGGCAUGGCCUCCUUUCCAUCUAGCACAGCAUCUGUGUCUCUGUUCUGUCUCCUCCAAAUCCAAGAUGAUUUUAAUUAGUACAGACAUGUACAGUCUACAAUUAAAGAGUGAUUUGUACUAAUAUGAUUUUGAUUCUUCCUCUUUGCUGUCCUUUCAAGACACUUGCUGGAAAAAGCUUUAAUGCACUUAGUUUUCCUUUAGGUUUUCUAUAACUCAGAUGUAAAGGACUUUCUCUGUACAGUAUAUUAUCCAAUGCAUGUUUGUUCUCUAUCCUGAUAUAUUGAACACCACACAGUCGUGAACUCGUGCAGUGGGGAUGCCCCACACCCAGACGAGGCCUCUAGCCCCGUAAUUAAGGAAGACACUUUCCUUUGCUGUACUUGCUUGAGCAGUUUUAUUGUCUGUACAUGUGAGCUGUGUGAGAUAGAUGUGAAAAGUUCAAAUGAAUGCAUUUUCCUGCCCCAUGUAUACAGAGCGUCAUCUGUACAAUGAGCUGUAUGUAUGAAAGCAAAUGUACUUAUUUAUAAAUGGUUAACACUUGGAAAAA